GUGCUAUAUAUAAAUCCCCCGACAUUGGGUCCCUUCCAUCAUUCCAUUAACGCUUCCUGUCAACACGUACUGGAAACACCACACCCCAGACCAAGUUGAGCUGACCACACCUUGUCGACCACCAACAGCAAGAAUGCUUCGUCUUUUCCUUCUUACUCUGGCGCUGUGCCAUGCUGUCUUUGCAUUUCCACAGGAAGCCAAUAACGAGGAUGAACUUUCACGAGACAUGGAACUGUUAAUGCGUGCCUUGGAAAGGAAGGUCUUGGAUGAGGCAGCUCCUGCAGUUACAUUGGUAGAUAUCGUCAACCUUCAAACAGAACAGAGUUCCACCCUCGUAUUCAAUGACGUCACUUUCGGCUCUGGUAACGCAGUGGACAAGAAUUUCAACUCGGAUCUGAUCCAGGGACAAAGCUGCACACACACAGCACCUCAGAACAACCCGUGGUGGAGAGUGUAUCUUCGUGAGCCUCACUGUAUUGUGCAGGUCGGCAUUGUGAACCGUCGAGACGGCGACUAUGACCGUUUGACCGGAGCUGUGGUGCGUGUAGGGGGGAUAGGCGGACCAGCGUGCGGCUCACCAGUUACCGCCCAGUCGGCCAACAUUCCUGGCGGGAUGAACCUCGUCAUUUGCGAUAGGCCAAUUGUGGGAGAUCAGAUCGUUAUUCACAUUCCAAGAGACGGGGCCGUUUUGCAGAUUUGCGAAGUCCAGGUCUGGGCCGUUCCCAUGAAAUUUUGCAUGUAGAGCAUGGAGGCGUGAACUGCAGAAUUUGUCGAGAAUUUGGAAUGGUCUUCAAGCCGAGGGAUUAACAACUUUGGACGACUGAUAUAAAGACUAACAUAAACUAGUUUGCUAUCAUCGAAUGAUACGAAAAUCGUUUGCAUAUUCAUCACAAGGGUUUUUCGACUUGUCUUCAGCUCCACUUGAGAAACUUUCGUUUGAGUUGGCGUAGGGUUGAUUGAAGUUUGCAUGUAUUUUCAUCAUUCAUAACCGUUUUUGUCUUCUUUUGACAAUUUAGUGAAGUCGCUUAGCAACUUUUAUAUUCUGUAAGGAAUUCAAAGUAAAUGAAUAAUUCAGGGCAUAUAAACAUAUAUUUUGGAAAAUAUUGUCUUUGAUAUUAAACUAUAGUUUAAACUUUUGUAGUUACUUUGUUACAUGCCGAGCAUAAGAACCAAGCAUAAAAAGUCUAUACGAGUGGAGUGUAACAAUAAACGGAAGAAACUCCAGCCAUCAUGAUAAA